UCUUUCGGUUUUGUUCUUCGACUGCGCGCCGGUGAGAUGGAGUGCUCCGCUGCCUUCCGAUGGGCGUGUCUUCUGCUGCUGGCCACGUCUACUUCCUCCCUGUUCCUGUCCCAUGAGAAUGCCUCCUUGACAACAGCUGACGAAGGGGUUGUCGAGGCGCUGAACAAAGUCGUUGAGGUCCUUGCGAACCACGAGAGACACAUGGCCUUGUACGAGCGCGUGGCCCUCCUUGAGCACGACCUUAGCCAGCGGCGAGAGAGCGAGGCCAGGCUGGAGGCCGAGGUACUUCAGCUCAAGUCGAGGGUCCCUGCUCUCGAGGAGGAGAUCGGCACCAUCCCCAAGAUGCGGAAGGACCUGGCUGACUUCGAGGCCAAGAUUGAGAAGCUGGUGCACGACUACGAGGCCAAGCUGUCGACGCUCGCCUCCGAGGUGAUCAGGCUGAAGAAGAGCGGCGCGCGAAGGAAGAACCUGGAGACGCUCAGCGACCAGAGCGACGACGUCCUCCUGCGGACCGAAGGUCCGAUGUGCCCUGAAGUUGGCCGAGGCUUGUCCGCCGAGAAAGUGGGCGGCCAGUGCCUCUACUUCUCCUGGGAAUCGGCACUGAACUGGACGUCGGCCCACAGCCAGUGCCAGGUUCUCCGGGGAGAUCUGGCAGCGCCUCAGGACUUGCUGCCUCUGAAAAAUUUCCUGCAUCGAUCAUUUACGCGAGGCCCUUCCAUAUGGCUGGGCGCCUCGUACGACCUCGCUGACGAGCAAAACGACGACAAUGUGACGUUAUCAAACGCAGCCUUGCAGGACCUUGCGGCCAACCUCACCGGGUUUCCAGACUUUUCCAGCAAUCUCCUUGAGGAAGAAGACGACGAUGGCGUGGGAAUAAGGCUGCAGCAGGACGAGGCAGGAAGCAUCAGGGUGUUGAUGGAGGCGCGCGGUAUCAUGCCUCGCUCGCACCCAUUCCUGGACAAGAGUGACGAUAGCGAAGAAGGCGGAAGAGCAGGCUUUCCCGGCGGUUUAAGGGCUGCGAGACUUGGCGGGAGUCCCUCGGUUGUAGAUGUUAUCCUCUUGCCUGAAAAUGAGGACGAAGAAGAGGAAGAGGAGGAGGUCGCUGCUGUCGCCAACGCACUCGCCAUCGACGAGCACGGAGAACAAGCCGGAGAAGGAAACUCGAGUUCGUUCAGCGCGGACACCCUGAGGAGCGUCUCCGGCGAGAGCGGCGAAGACGAUGAGCACCGAGCGGGGAUCGCGAGGGACGAGAGGGCAGCGCUCGCCGUCAACUUCGCCAGCCAAGGUCAUCGAGAGGACUCAGGUUCCUCCGCCAAGCGAGAAGGCAAAGCCAGAAUGAAGUGCAUGCUGCUGCAGCAAAAGCCGUCUCUCGAAUACGAGUUGGUCGGGAGGCCAUGCAGCGAGCGUCACCGAUUCGCCUGCGCAAUCGAGUCCAUUGAUGAAAACAUUGACAAAUUUACGCCUGAUGAUCUCCCAAACUCCUAGAAUACGAAACAAGUCGGAGUGGUGAAUGAAAAUAACUCUGCAUUUACCCUUGCAGGGAUACACAUACAUUAUUUCUGAGCUUGAAGUAGUAUAGCAUAUAAACUAUCGCUGAUAGGAAUAUCUUAACAUUACUUGACAGUAAUAUAGUGAUGGGACACUUACCAGGGCACCUUAUCAUAAAGUUGAACUAAAGGACUGCCUGCUAACUUGUCCUGAA